AAGAAUUACAAAAUGCCAAGGUUAAUCCAAAUAUGAAGUCUUGCCGGCUGCGUAGCAUAACCGAACUUCUUGUACUUUUAUGCCUUAAAUUUAGCAAUUGUAAAAUUCAAAGCUAUUUAAACUCUUAAGUCUUAACGUCUAACCCUUCAAAUGUAACAACAACCAAGAGGCAAUGAAUGGUAGAGGUCACAACACAAACCCAUAAGGCAUAAGCUAAGGAGGUUUUGUGUCCAUGGCUGCACCAGGUUCUCACCUGGAACUUGUUUCAUGUGCAAUUGUGCUUCUAACACUCUUUGUCACCAUAGCCACUAGUGCUGACAUAUUCCUUGAUUGGCACGUUUCCAUUGACUUCAAUCUAAAACCAGUUUCUGCAGAUCAGCAGGUUAUAACAAUCAAUGGCUUGUUCCCUGGACCCCUUAUAAAUGCAACAACAAAUGAUAAUGUUCAUAUCAAUGUUUUCAAUGGUUUGGAUGAACCCUUGCUAUUUACAUGGAAUGGCAUACAACAAAGACUUAAUUCAUGGCAAGAUGGAGUGUCUGGAACAAACUGCCCCAUCCAACCUGGCAGUAGCUGGACUUAUGAUUUCCAAAUGAAAGACCAAAUUGGCACAUUCUUCUACUUCCCUUCCAUCAAUUUCCACAAAGCUGGUGGAGGGUUUGGUCCAAUUCGAAUCAAUAAUCGCCCUGUGAUUAGUGUUCCGUUCCCAAAACCUGCAGCAGAGUAUGAUCUUCUAAUUGGUGACUGGUACAAUAGUAGCUACAAGGAUAUUAGGUCCAGGUUGGAUACAGUGGAUGAUGGUAUUUCCCCAAGUUGGAUGCUAAUAAAUGGAAAAGGACCAUAUAUGAAUAAUUUUUCAAAAUCAUAUGAAACCAUCAAUGUUACACAAGGUAAAACAUACUUGCUUAGGAUAUCAAAUGUAGGAACAGCUUGGAGCUUCAAUUUCAAGAUUCAAAAUCAUCAAAUGGUUUUGGUUGAAACUGAAGGAUCUUAUGUCAAUCAGAUACAAUUAGAUUCUCUUGAUGUUCAUGUCGGCCAAUCCUACUCAGUUAUUGUGACAGCAAAUCAAAUUGAUGCUGAUUACUAUAUAGUAGCCUCUCCUAAAAUGAUUGUUUCCACAAAUAGUAACACUCUCAUUGGUGUUGCUGUGCUUCAUUAUGAGAACUCCACCACACCAGCUAAUGGACCUAUCCCAAUUGGUCCAGAUCCAUUUGACCUGCAAUUCUCCAUCAACCAAGCAAAAUCAAUUAGGUGGAACCUUACUACUGGAGCUGCAAGGCCUAAUCCUCAGGGAACUUUCAACGUAACAAAUGUGACAAUAUCUGAGAAUUUCAUUCUACAAGCAUCAACCGGAACGAUUAAUGGAUCAUCUCGCUACACUGUCAAUAAUGUGUCUUACUUGACCCCGGAUACGCCGUUGAAGCUAGCUGAUUACUUUUCCAAUGGAUCUGGGGUAUUUGAACUUGAUGCUUAUUCCAAGAACACUUCAAAUGUAAAUGCUGUGAGUGGAGUUUUUGUAGCAAGUGCAUUGGAUAAAGGGUGGUUGGAGAUAGUGCUAAAGAACGAAUUCGAAACCAUUGAUUCUUGGCAUUUGGAUGGAUACAACUUCUUUGUUGUAGGAUACGGGGAAGGAGAAUGGAGACCGGAAUCACGGUUCACAUACAACCUUUUUGACCCAGUAUCGCGGUCCACUGUGCAAGUGUUCCCAAGAGGGUGGAGCGCUGUGUAUGUGUACACAGACAACCCUGGAAUGUGGAACUUGAGAUCACAGAACUUGCAAAACUGGUACUUAGGUGAGGAGCUAUAUGUGAGGGUUUAUGAUCCUGAUCCCAACCCUGCAAAAGAGAAUCCACCACCAGAUAAUCUCCUUUUAUGUGGAAAGUAUCAACCUUCAGCUCCACCCCCUUCUCCCUCAUUGUCACCACCACCACCUCCACCUCCAAAUGGCCCUUCAUCCAAUGCAUAUAAUCCACCUAGAACAAGCAGGUCUCUAAUUGCUGUGAUCACCACUGCUAUAUGUUACCUCUUUAUUGGUCUCCUUUGAGAGGGUGCACCCAUUUGCUAAGGAGAUUGAAGAUCUAUGCAGAUUCAGAUCAAAAAGAAAAAUCCAUGUUAUUUUCUUAUUUUUAAAGUUACAUCAAGAAUGAAAUCAACACACCAUUUUUUUUUC